GAAACUCCGUUGACCUGGGAGCCUGUCUCUGAAGGAUGUGUCUCCGAGUUCUGUUGUUGGUAUUGCAAGCAACCUUCGUGGUUUGGGGGCACCCGUCCUCAUUACCCAUGGUGAACACUGUUUAUGGCAAAGUCCUGGGGAAGUACGUCAGCUUAGAAGGAUUCUCACAGCCUGUGGCCGUCUUCCUCGGAGUCCCCUUUGCCAAGCCUCCUCUUGGAUCCCUGAGGUUUGCUCCACCACAGCCUGCAGAGUCCUGGAACUUUGUGAAGAAUGCCACCUCUUACCCUCCUAUGUGCUCCCAAGAUGCAGUGAGAGGGCAGAGGACCAAUGACUUCCUAACUAACAGAAAGGAGAAAAUCCAUCUGGAGUUUUCUGAAGACUGUCUCUACCUGAAUAUUUACACUCCUGCUGACUUGACAAAGAGCAGCAAGUUGCCAGUGAUGGUGUGGAUCCAUGGAGGAGGACUGGUAGUGGGUGGUGCAUCAACCUAUGAUGGACUGGCCCUCUCUGCCCAUGAAAAUGUGGUGGUGGUGGUCAUUCAGUACCGCCUGAGCAUCUGGGGAUUCUUCAGCACAGGGGAUGAACACAGCCGGGGAAACUGGGGUCAUUUGGACCAAGUGGCUGCACUGCGCUGGGUUCAGGACAACAUUGCCAAUUUUGGAGGAGACCCAGGUUCUGUGACCAUCUUUGGAGAGUCAGCAGGAGCUGAAAGUGUCUCUGUUCUUAUGUUGUCUCCCCUGGCCAAGAACCUCUUCCACAGGGCCAUUUCUGAGAGUGGUGUGAUCCUUGUUCCUGGUUUGUUUACCAAGGAUCCAAGGACAGUCACUGAGAAAAUUGCUAUUAUUGCUGGGUGCAAAACUACCACAUCUGCUGUCAUUGUUCACUGCCUGCGCCAGAAGACGGAGGAUGAGCUCUUGGAAGUCAUGCAGAAAUUGAAUCUAUUUAAACUCAAUGUACAAGGAGACUCCAAAGAGAACCAUCCUUUUGUACCUACUGUGCUUGAUGGAGUGUUGCUGCCCAAGGCACCAGAAGAGAUUCUGAAUGAGAAGAAUUUCAACACUGUGCCCUACAUCGUGGGAAUCAACAAGCAAGAGUUUGGCUGGCUUCUGCCAACAAUGAUAGGAUUUCCACAAACUGAUGUAAAAUGGGACAAGAAGAUGGCUAUGGCUCUCCUGCAGAAGUUAACUCCCUACUUUGGCAUAAAUGAGGAUGCUAUUCCAAUUGCCAUUGAGAAGUAUGUAAGAGGUAGCAGUGAGCCACUCAAAAUCAGAGAUGGAAUCCUAGAGCUCAUUGGGGAUGUGAUAUUUGGUAUCCCAUCAGUGAUUGUGUCCCGUGGCCACAGAGAUACUGGAGCUCCUACCUACAUGUAUGAGUUUCAGUACCACCCAAGCUUCUCAUCACACAUGAGACCCAAAAAUGUAGUCGGAGACCAUGGAGAUGAAGUCUACUCUGUCUUUGGAGCCCCCAUUUUAAGAGAGGGUACCUCAGAAGAGGAGAUCAAUCUCAGCAAGAUGGUGAUGAAAUUCUGGGCCAACUUUGCUCGAAAUGGGAACCCUAAUGGUGAAGGCCUGCCCCAUUGGCCAGAGUAUGACCAGAAGGAAGGCUACCUGCAGAUCGGUGCCACCACCCAGCAAGCCAAGAGACUAAAAGGGGAGGAAGUAGCUUUAUGGACUGAGAUCCUGGCCAAGAAACAACCCCAGCCAGAGCACAAUGAGCUGUGAAUGCCAGGCUCUGAGAGCUUCAGAUCAGAGAAGCCAAGAUAUGGUUCUCUCACUAAAGAUAUUUGUAAAUUAAAGAUGGAUCUUGGAGGACCCUGGAGAAUUUUGUUAUAGAGAUGAACAGAGGCCAGAGGGGAAAUGUUUGUACUUGUGA